AUGGGGUGCAAGAGUUCGAAAACCAAAGAAACAAAGCCGGCUUCCACCGCUGCAAAUGCGAAGAGCAAUGCUGCAAACACUUCCCCGCAGUUGCAACAACAGCAGCCUGCUGAUAAGAAGAAUGAUGUGGCAACCCCAGCUGGUCGCGUUAACAACGGCGAGAUCACCGAGGGAGCCUCGCGCGCCGGCCCACCGAGGAAGGCUGCUGGACCAGGUGGCGCUGCUGCGGCUGACGCCAGGACCGGGACUUCGGCUCCAACCCCGCAACAAGAACUCGAUGAGGACGGUAACCCAGUGGUGCUGCCGAAGGGCGACUGGGUUCGGACCGAGGGCACACCGUACUACUACUCAGAAAAGGAAAAUUUGUAUUUUCAUCCACCUAGCUCGCAGUUCUACGACCCUACAAACGAGAUGUGGUACGACCCAGAGAAGGAGGAAUGGUACCGCGAUGACGACGACAAUACUCUGCCGUAG